AAGUCAGUAUAGUAUUAAAUUUUUGCCUGUGAACUAAAGUGGUUAUACAUUAUUUACAGUAAACGGAAUGGACAUCACAUUGACGAAGGUAAAAGGCAUGGAAGAUUUUCUGAGAGGUCGAGAUCUUCCAAGUUUUUGCCGGGUGAGUGACUUGACUAGCGCGGAUUUCAGGCUAUUAUCGACUGAGACGCGACAAACCCCUCGAGCUCGGGGACUCAUACUCAACACAUUUGAAGACCUUGAAGGACCCAUACUUACUCAAAUUCGCACAGUUUGUCCAAAUGUUUACACAAUUGGACCAGUUCAUGCCCAUCUAAAGGCUAGACUUGCAACAAAAUGUACCUCUUCAAAUAGUUUGUGGCAAGAAGAUGAAAGUUGCAUCAAUUGGCUCGACACGCAGCCACCAAAAUCUGUUUUAUAUGUCAGUUUCGGAAGCAUUGCGGGGGUGACAAGGGAGGAGCUGUUAGAGUUUUGGUACGGUCUAGUGAAUAGUGAUCAAAACUUCUUAUGGGUAAUGAGGGCAGGCCUGAUAAUGGGACAAGAGGUAAAACAUGAGAUUCCUGUGGAACUUGAGCAAGGUACUAAGGCAAGGGGCUAUAUGGCUGAUUGGGUUAGAAUUCCACACUGGAGAGUAUAGUUGAAGGAGUACCUAUGAUUUGCUGGCCAAGAUUUGCUGAUCAGCAAGUGAAUAGUGACUAUUCAUUGGUGAGGUUUGGAAGAUGGGAUUGGACAUAAAAGAUACCUGUGAAAGAGACAUUAUUGGAAAAUCAAUUAGAGAUCUGAUGGAGAAGAGAAGAGGUGAAUUCUUGCAAAGAACAGAGCAGAUGUCAAGUAUGGCGAGAAGAACUGUCAAUGAAGGCGGGUCGUCGUACAUUAAUUUGGACCGUCUUAUACAUGACAUAAGAUUGAUGUGUCUGCCACUGAAACAGACCUGAUUCAGCUGAAUCUUUGAUUUGGUAAGUGUUUGUUAGCUGGGAUUAAAUUGUUGUCUAGAGAUUGCAGAUUUAUUCUGCCCCUAUUGAAUAACUCGAGCAACAAAUGUAGCUUCACUUUUAGAACUGCAGUUAUUUAUAAGUAGCUAUUCAAUAAAUAAAGAUCAAAAUGAUAACAUGAAAA